UCGGAGUCAAUCAUUAUGCAGGUCAAACAUUCUCUACAGACAUUCUAUACCUAGGAGAGUCGUCAGCAGUCAAGAUAGGGAGGACGAAGUUCAAGGUCUGGGCUUGUUAUGAGCUGAAGUUACGACGAGUCCUUAGGUUGUCGCGAUGAACAAAUUUUGAGGUCAAAAUUUUUCGCAAGGAGGGAGGAAAUGUGAUAUCUCGAUUUUGGAUUUAGGUUCAACAACAACUACAGGGGAAUUUGAUCAACAUGUCCAGUUAAGUCGUCAUUUUUUUCAUCACUUUCGAAUGAAGUUAUGAAAUGAAAAUGACAGUGAGUCACCCAAGGUUAUACGAGUGCUACAAGCUAAGAAAAUGUAUAUGAUCAAAGGUUACUAGCGAAUUUGUUAUGGUAGAAAUAAAUGAUCAUGGGAAUGAAGAUUAAGAAGGGUUUCGACGGGAGGAUGAAUUCCGAGCAAAUUUCGGGGAUGAAAUUUUUAUAAGGGUGGAGGAAAUGUUACACCCCGACCUUUGGGUUCAGGUUCGACCAUAAUACGUGAACGGUUGGAUUAACGGUUACGUACUAAGGAUUGCAACCGCGGAUUAGGAAUAAUAAUAAUAAUUAUUAUUAUUAUAAAAAAGGAAUUUGGCGGGGAGGGCGCUCAACCCAUAAUGUAUUUUCGCCAAAAUCCCAUCCCCAUUCACUAAAUCAGCUGCCCUCCCCAUUCUUUCCUUAGAGGCCCUCUUCCCAAAUCACUUCCCCCAUCCACCGCCUCCCGAAAUCCCUAGCGAGAAGAAGCCAAAAACCACCGGGUCGCUUUGCAUUCUGGUCAUGAGGCCGGACGAGAGCGAUGGAACAGUGAAGUUGCUGUCUGAGUCCUUUGUGGAGUCCAUGAUGCUGCCCGAUUGCUACUUGCCUUUGAUUAGUUAUUUGGGGGAAGCAAGGUUUCCAAGACGUAGGCUGGUGGUGGUACUGUAGCCUUCGAGUAUUGUUGUCAUGGCGGCGACGUCUGGAGAGGCUAACCGAUUGUGGACGAUAUGACUGUGAUGAGAACUUGGAUUGUAGGUAAGCCAAUCAGUUCCUCACGUACGUUAACUAAAGGAUUUCAUGGGAUUAGUGAAUUAAUUGGACCAAGUGAUCCUUUGUCCGGAUGUGAAGGGGUUAUUGUUUGCACGAGAAGAAAGAAGUGCUCUCCGCCACUCACGAUGCCAAAGUUCAGGUAUGGAAAUUGUACAUGUUGGAAAGAAGUUGAACGUGUCUAUUGGAGGUGGCCGAAGGGGGACUUGAUUAUGCCCUCCCAGAUGUGCUUGUGGUGUUGGACGUAAAUAAAAAUGUAUCUGGUGGUGCUAGUUAGCGUUCCCAAUGAUUAGAAGGUCUAGCUGCGGCAGAAGGAAUGAUGAUGGAAUGGUGACCCAAUAAGAAAGAGGUCACAAGGGCAAUCAACCUUAAGGAUGAUCAAGGAUUAUCGAUUGAUUACUAAGGUGAGUGUAAAAGGGGUAAAUUCUAUGCCUUACGGUUUUUCCAGUAUUUACUUUGAGUAUUUUUAAGUGUUGAUUUACGUGAUGUGCAUGCCGUAUUUGAUUCAUGGUUGAUGUUACAUGAUUAUGUUUAAUUAUUUGUCCUUUGCUUGAGCUAUUAUUUGAGGUGGUUUUGUAUGAGCUCUGCCUGAUGUGAAUGUCCAUGAGUUCUUAGUUAAGUUAAAGCUUCCCGUCUAUAAGUUAUUGUUAAAGUUUAAGAAACAAGUUCUUUUUAAGAAGUAACUCACCUUCAAGAAGGUGAAGUCGUUUUAAGUGUUUUUAGUCACUAGCGUCAGUCCGUUGCCAUUUGAGAUUUUCAGAUAGAGAAGCAGUUAUGCUCUUGAGAUAUUUAAGAUGGGCAGCAGUUAUGCCCUUGAGAAUCAUGGUGAAGAGCCACCACGCUAAGUUUAAGAUGUUAGGGGGAUGAAUCGUUACGACUUCCCUAACUAAGUUUAAGUUUAAGGAAAGCCUUGAUGGCUUCUCAUACGUAUGAGUUGGCAACCGGACUAGCUAGUGAGGGAUCCCAGUCUCAGUCAAGUGUUUAAGUUGAGAUUUAAGCUUUAAGAAUGGAGAGUAACAGUUACUCCCAUACAGUUUUAAGAGUUAAGAUUUUUAAGAAUGGAAGUACAAACAACUUCCCUCAGUUUGAGUUUAAGUGUUUGAGAAGAAGUGCAAAAUUAUUAGAAGGUUUAAAACGUAAGAGCGUAGACUGACCCCAACUCACUCACCAGGCCUUAGUAAGGGAAUGAGCGAGAACCAGUUCAGUAGCAGCUAGCUAGAAGAGGAGUUAGAGAGCAGCGAGUUCGAGAGGAGCAGUUUGAGGACAGCCAGCUAGAGGAGGGAAGUACAAGCGCCACUGGGGAUGUCUGGUCAAGGCUUUCAGGAAGUAAUAGCAUUAGAGACUUUUUAGUUGUUUCAGUCUAUGAUUAUGAGUAUAGGCUGGAGAUCAUUUUGAGAUUUUAAAGUUUGAGUUUGCCCAAGUGUCAAGCUUUGUGUUUUAAGUAAUGACAGUUGUUUUCGGUAUUUAUUGAAGUUAUUUAUGAAAUGUUUCCGCUAUUUUUUGCAGUAUCCUCAGUUCUAUUUUAUUUCGCGGUUUAUUGAGGGUAUUUUAGUAAAAGUAGAACCCGGCCGGGUUAGGGUGUUACAACUACAAUGUUAUUGGGAACAAGUGGCUGUACCGCAUCAAACAUCGAAACGACGACAGUAUUGAGCGCUUCAAAACGGGGCUGGUAUCCAAAGGGUUCCAUUAGCGGCCUGACGUCGACCUUCACGAGAUUUUCAACCCAGUUCUCAAACCAGUCAAUGUACGGACGGUUUUCACACUGGCCCUCUCUCAUGACUGGCCCUCUCUAAUUGCCUUAGCUUUCUAUCCCGGUGAAGACUAAUCGUCUGUCGGUUAGCCUGUCUUAGAGGGCUUGGUCAGCUUAAGAGAUUCCAAGCUACUAUAGGAUCUUCCGCAGUUUAACCAACAAUAAAUCAACCAAAGGAAAUUACAACUUGAAUCUAACUAAGGAGCUAGGGGGACUCAUUCCCGAGUGACUCUUCUCUUGCUUUAGAAAACCGAACAAUUUACUGCUUUCUUUCGGUUUAGUUUGAAUGCACCUAUACUCACUUAGUCCCGCUAGAUAAUUGAAUUUCACGGAGUAGGCAGUUGAUCUAGACCCCGCCGUUGCCUGGGAACCUAGGUUAUUGUGGAAACGUGAAAUUUUGUUACUCUAGUUUUUUCUUUACUGCAUUCUCUCUCUUCCACCUGUGUGCCUUUACAGGUCGCUUUUGCUGAUUGUGUGCAGGUAGUGCAUGACCCGUAGCCAGUCGGGAGGUCUACUGCCAUUGGAUCAAGAAUUAGAACGAACUUGUCAUAACUUCAAGUGUUCUUUGAAGGCACGACUGCCUGCGGAGGAAGCUUUGGAGCAGCUGAACAUCAGCCAAGAAGACGACAUGGGAGAUCCCAACAAUGACAAGAACAUUGUUCCUGAUGAGCAUACCAUGGGAUACUACUGGACUGCUAGAGCCGCAGACAUGAGGUCGCCCAUUCAGCACCCUCAAGUUCCAGCUAAUAACUUUGAGGUGAGCACCUCUGUCAUCACCAUGAUGCGCGACUCGAUGGUAUUCCGUGGGAAGGACGAGGAGUGCCCCAGAUCGCACCUACGACGAUUCCACGAGCUGAUCGAUGGAAUCAAGAUUAAUGGGGUUCCUACGGACUUUGUCCAGCUGAGGUACUUCCCCUUCACUCUAGUGGGACAAGCAAAGGAAUGGCUAGACACCCGAGCUCCGGGAUCGAUCACUACAUUUGCCAGCCUGACCGACAAGUUCCUCACCCGACAUCAUUCACCAUCCAAGAUAGCUAACCUGCAGAAGGAGAUUACUCAUUUCACCCAGGAGGAGGAUGAAACCAUUCGGGAUGCUUGGGAGAGGUAUACCAUCCUCUACCUUAAGUGUCCUAACCACAGUUUCAAUGACGCCUUCAAGAUGGCACCUUCUGUUGGGAUAAGAAGCUUCUCAUAAGCAAAUAGUUUAUGUAUUGUGCACUAUGUGAAAAGCUAAUGGUUUGAUUGAGAUUGCAGAAAGAGAAACAUACCUCUUAUGCAGGCUAUACAUAAUCAUAAUGGAAAAGGAAGUUAUCGUGACAAAGCUAUGUCAAAACUACGAUACUCACAACCUUGCUGCUCAAGUUACAAGACAUCAAAUGAGUUGAUUGUGAAAGCUUCUCAAUCCACUGUAGAAGGAAAGAAACUGAAAUGGCAACG